AUACGUCAGUAAUUUUCGUCAUCGCAAGUCGAGUCUGUUAAGCAUUGCUUGUGUGCUUUUGAGGUUUUUGUAGAAGUACUGUUGGUAGAGUAGUUGUGUAAGCUGGUGUCUUUCCUGUGGCUGUUAUCGCAAUACAUAUCUUCAUGACAUCAACAUCUGACAUGCAGGAGUACCUGCAGAAACAUGCUUCGGAAAUAGCUGCUCUUUCAGUAGCAGGAAUAGGGCUUGUUUUUCUGCGGAGAUGGUUUGCAGGAGGAGUUUGCAAAAAUAAGGCAAGACUGGAUGGCAAAACAGUAAUAGUAACAGGGGCAAAUGUUGGCAUUGGAAGGGAGACUGCCAAAGACCUUGCUAAAAGAGGUGCUAGAGUUAUUCUUGCAUGUCGAAAUCUUGAGCAAGCAGCGAAGGCAGCGGAUGAGAUUAGAAAGGAGUCUGGUAAUGGAAAUGUGACUACCAAACACUUAGACUUGUCCUCACUUGCAUCAGUCCGACGGUUUGCUAAGGAUGUUCAAGAAAGUGAAUCAGCAUUGCAUAUACUCAUCAAUAAUGCUGGUAUAAUGAUGUGCCCCAAAUGGAAAACUGAGGAUGGAUUUGAGAUACAGUUUGGAGUUAAUCAUUUGGGCCAUUUUCUGCUGACUAACCUUCUUCUAGACCUUCUAAAGAAAUCUGCUCCCAGUCGCAUUAUUAAUGUGUCAAGCUUGGCUCAUGAAAAAGGUAAAAUUCAUUUUGAUGACAUAAAUCUUGACAAAGACUAUGAGCCUAGAAAAAGCUAUGGACAAAGCAAACUGGCUAAUGUACUGUUCACAAGAGAACUUGCUGUACGUUUGGCAGGUACUGGAGUAUCUGUGUACAGUCUGCACCCUGGUGUAGUACGCACUGAGCUGGGACGUCAUAUUUUUCCAACAUUUGCUCUAUGGAAGAGGAUGCUUGGUGCACCCUUGCUGCUUUUCAUGAUGAAGACACCUCUGCAAGGAGCACAGACAACAAUCCACUGUGCCACAGCAGAUGACAAAGAUCUCAUAAGUGGCACAUAUUUUAGUGAUUGUGCACCCAAGGAACCAGCCCCUCAAGCAAAAGAUGAUGAAGCAGCAAGAAAACUUUGGGAACUGAGUGCACAAAUGGUUGGUCUGGAUAAAUAAGGAAAGAUCUGGAGAUAUUUUGUUAAAUGGAAUUGUUUAAAAUCCUAUAAAUUUGAUAAAAUGUAUAAUCAACCAAUUCGUAAUUGUACUACUGUACUACUGCACUUAAAUAUAUAGGUGCAUUUAUUACACAUUUUAAUUCCAGUUUCUAGAAUAAGUGUAUAUGUAUUUAACUCUGAAUUUGACGAAUGGGGUGCAUAUUCUCAUAACCCCCAUAAGAAUAUCUUUGUUAAGUAACAGAGCUGUAGUAUGGUAUAUAUGAUUUACAAUUGUUAUGAAUAAAUCAUGACCAAAAUGUUAGUGGUACAUAAAUUAGAAGGAACAAAUAUUUAUACUAUAUAGCAAAAUGUUUGUACUAAAUUUUUAUUUCUGUUGGAUUGAAUAAUUGAGAAUUUUAGACAUAUGGCUAACUAUGAAAUACUACUGAGUUCUACUAGUGAGAUUUGUACAAUUAUAGCAAAAUUUCCAGUGUGUGAUGAUUAUGCAUAUAAAAUAUAGGUGCAGUGUAGUUGCAUUGCAAAAUACAUGUAUUUAAUAAAUUGAUAUAAAAUAAAGAAAUA